UCCACAAUAACAAUCCUCUUCUUCCAUGCGACAGAUUCAUAGACAAACAAACCACAGAACAAAAGGAGUCACAAAAAGCGAACGCAGUAGAACUCAAAACAAACAUCAUACGAGAAAAAAAAAAAAAUGUCGUGCUCUGUUGCGGUGUCGAAUUCUCCUGUAUUCUCUCCAUCAACAACUCUCUUCCGCAGCAAAACAGUGGUAUCAAUCCCUUCACCACCAGCAGAAACAAUAGCACUAACACUAACCCAUUCAAAACCAACAACACAAUCUCCAUCUUCUUCAACUACUUCUUGCUCUUCUCCCUCUCCGUUUCGAUAUCGCCUUCAAAAACCAUUAACUGGGUUCAAUUCUUCUUCUUCUUUGGCUUCGGGUUCGGGGGCGGCCGCGACGCUCUUGAAGAGGAAGAGGCCGACGAGGCUGGAUAUACCGGUUGUUAUAGGGUUUGGAGGAGGGCUGGCGACGCCCAGGGAGGUGGAGGAAGCGGAGGUGGAGAGAGAAGGGUAUGGCUAUUCUGUUUAUUGCAAGAGAGGAAGGAGAGAGGCUAUGGAGGAUCGCUUUUCUGCCGUCGUUGACCUUGAAGGAGAUGCCAAGCAGGCUUUCUUUGCUAUUUUUGAUGGACAUGGGGGUGCUAAAGCUGCUGAAUUUGCAGCAGGGAAUUUAGAUAAGAAUAUUUUAGAUGAAGUUGCUAGGAGGGACGAAGAAGACAUUAAGGAUGCGGUUAAGCAUGGUUAUUUGAAUACCGAUGCUCAGUUUUUAAAAGAAGAUAUUAGAGGUGGCUCCUGCUGCGUGACAGCUUUAAUUAGGAAGGGGAACCUUGUUGUAUCUAAUGCCGGUGAUUGUCGUGCUGUUAUGAGUAGAGGAGGUGUUGCUGAGGCCCUCACAGCCGAUCACCGGCCUUCCAGGGAAGACGAGAAGGACAGGAUUGAGUCCAUGGGUGGCUAUGUUGAUUUAAUCCAUGGAACUUGGAGAAUUCAGGGAUCCUUGGCUGUGUCCAGGGGAAUUGGAGAUAGUCAUCUUAAACAGUGGGUAAUAGCUGAGCCUGACACAAACGUUGUUAGAAUUAAGCCAGAUCAUGAGUUCUUAAUCUUAGCUUCUGAUGGCUUAUGGGAUAAGGUUGGUAAUCAAGAAGCUGUUGAUAUUGCUCGCCAAUUGUGCAUAGGGGUUGAAAAGGCAGGACCAUUAUCUGCCUGUAAAAAGCUUGCUGAUCUCUCUGUUUUGCGAGGCUCUUGUGAUGAUAUUAGUGUGAUGCUGAUCCAAUUGGAACGCUAUGUAUGAUUAAAGCAUUCUUAGUUUAAAGACGGGAACUUAGCUGACACAUACGCUGAUAGAUAUUUAUUUUCUGAAAGAACCUUGUAAUCGGGAAGCUGAAGGCUAGCAAUAAAUAUGGUGGGAGUGAUAUUUAAAUUCUAGAGGAACCUGAUCAAUUCACCCAUGGCUGAAGACUGGACAAAGUAGGAUUCUUUUGCUGAUAUUCUUUUGAAUGAUUCAUUUCAUUCACUUAUAGUUAUUCUUUAGUAGAAAUUCAUUACUCGGUGCCCAGAAACCUUGAUUUGUAUUUUAGGCUUCGCAAUAAAGUUAUGGCAAUACACUUGCAACUGGUAUCCUGAU